UUUAGGAUAAAAGAGUUUAUCUUCUCGGAUCCAAUCGCUCAAAGCGUCGCAAAUGAAAGUCGAUCGGCCGUCGCGUUCACCGUUUCCCCAAAGGAUUCCGCAAAAAUUUUGGAAAAAAAUCAACGACGAGAACUGGAUUGAUGUUUUCGAUUGCAAGAAAAUAAAGGAGCGCAAACAAGAGUUCUUCUGGUACAAGCUGGAUCCUCUUGAUUUGGCCAAAGCAGUGGCAAUGGCUUCACAAAUGAACGACAGAGGAGUCAUCCCGUAUCCAACACCAACGCUCAAUGAUGCCCUCAAUGACCAUGCUGCUUUGAUCCGCGCACUGAACGAUUCAUCGAUCAAAAAGUUGUUCAAAGAGUCAAGCGAGAGCCCACCAAUUUCUAGUUCAACAUCAGAAAUUCAAGAAAAUAAUUUUUAAAUUCAUUUGUCAAAUAUCCCAUUUUAAUUUAAAACCAUGUAUUAUAAUAUUUCUUUAAACCCCAACCAUUGCAAAUAUGUGUAAUUUUUAAAAUCUAUUCGCUGGUUUGAUUGCUUAUUGCACCCACUUUUUUAUUAAAUAUGAAAAUUCUAUUGGUAAAAUAAAUUUUAACUCUUAAAU